UGUUUCUUACUCCGGCCUUAUUGCCCGACCAGGAUGGGCACGCCAAGCACGCAGCAUGCAACGUACGCGGCCCUCUACCGCCUCAACGACCCGCUCUUCCUGCAGGACGUCCUCCUCGACGACGUCGUCCUGCGCACCUACGACGGCUGCGUCCUGCAUGGCGCGACCAACGUCCUUGCCUACCUCGUCGGCCCCGGCAUGACCGAGUGGAGCCAGCUCGUGCACGCCGUCGACGCGAUCACACACGUGGCGCCGCUUGCAACCAAGACGCGCUACAUCACCAAGGUGGGCUACGUCAAGGAUGUGCUCUUUGAAGAGGUCAUUACGUGGAACGACGACCUCCUCGUUGCCUCGAUCGUGCACACGUCGUCGCACAGCCACCGGCCACGAACCUUGUCGCGCCGCCUGUCGGCGUCCGCACACAGCGCCCAGCAGAGUAUCGACAGCCUCGUCGACACGUUCGUGGCGAGCUCGACCGCGUCGUCGCGCCGGUCGUCGUCGAGCUCGUCGUCGGUCUAUCCAACGGCGCCGUGCUGCUUUGAGCUCUCGCACGCGUCCGUGACUGACCUCAGCGUCGUCAAGCCCCACCGUCCGAUCCACGCUUACUUGCUCAUCAAGGAAUUCCCGUCCGGAAAGGUGCUGCACCGCUCGAUGGUCAUGAAACACGAGCGCGCGCCGCAGUGGCCGACACCAAUCACUGUGGCAUGCUCGCGGGGCUUUCGGCGCCUCGACAUUUCCGUCGUUCACACCUCCCUCGUGUACACAAAGCACCUCGGCAUGGUCAGCAUCGACGCGUCCGUGCUGCCGUCCAAGGUCCGAGAGCAGUACGAUUUCAUGGGCUCGAUCGUCGGCGACCCCGAGAACGCCCCCGACCUCUUCCUUACGUUUCACCGCUGCGACUCCAAGCACGACGCGGGCUCGUUGGAUCGACUCUACGCCCCCAGCGACCUAGUGACGCCGCGUCCAAACUUGGCCGCACCCGCCGCCGACGCGCCGCCACCGACCAUCCACUACCCGCUGCCUAUCGACGCCGCCAAAGGCGAGCUUGUGUGCCACAUGUUGCAGGCUGUGAGCCUCUCGCUCUUGUGUGUCCUUGGUAUGGUAUUGAUCGAGUACAGCACUGUAAGCUCGUAA